AAAUACAAAUUGUUCAUGCAGUGACUGCUUCUAACAGAUCUUUAAUGCUUGCUAUAUCCAAUUGCUGCAGAGAUUUUAUAAGUAAUCAGAUGACAAGCUAAUGAUUGUAAUGAAAUGCUUAGACAAAAUUUUCCUAUUUGCAUAGACAUGAAUACAAUUGCUUUGUUUAGGCUUGCCCCUUUAAUGUUUUACAUUCAUCUAGUAAUUUUAAUAAUUUUUGUCAAAGAAGCAAAGAUGAUAAAGCAUAGACUUUCUCUCACUCUCUUGUUCUUGUUGAUCCUAGCAGUGGAUGGAGCUAUUAUAACAGUUGGUCCUACUUCUGUUACUGUUCCUAUUUAUGAGACAGCAAGUUUUACUUGUGAAGGAACUGGCAAUGAACUAACUUGGCUAGUAGGGAGUGAUUCACUGACAGAGUCUGUUGCUCAACAAAGAAGCAUCACAUUUACUGAUCCUGGAGGUCCUGGUAACUUAUCAUCAGUACUUACUAUCACUGGGUUACCUGUUAAUAAUGGGAUUGGGAUUGGAUGUCACAUAUUGUCAUAUCCACCUUUUAAACAAGUGUUCUCUAACACUGGUGCUACACUAACAAUAAGAGGAAUAUCACCAGUUGAAGACAUACAAUGGUCUAAUGAUAAUCAGUCAUUGUCAUGGUCUCCUCCUUCUUUCUAUUCUGAUGAUAUAUUUUCAGGAGGCAUUGCUGCUGCUACUACAUAUAAUGUAUCAGUAAAUGGUAUCAGUUAUAUCAACACUACUGGUACUAGUGUAUGGUUGAAUACUACUGGAUUGAAUAUAAUGUGUGCCAAUUUUACUGUUGGUAUUACUGCAUCUAUUGGACAAUAUGUAUCACAAGAAGAAGCAUAUAUUAACAACAGUCCAAGUUACACUAUCAAUAUAUUGAAUUACACUCUGACAUAUCAUAGAAAAAGUGAUUUGUUCUUUAUUAAUUUACUAAAUUUGGUAAACAGUAACAGUUCAGCACAAUCCUGUAACAUUACCAUAUAUGGCAACCUUUAUCCUGAUGAAGGAGUAACACAGAAUAUGUGUCACACUAUUGUUGAUGAAUUAAUAUCAUACACAAUGACUGGAUUAAAACAAUGCAAAACUUAUACUGCUCAAAUAAUUAUACUGAAUUCCUUAUUUGGUAUUGAAGAUCAAGAUAAUGUGAUGGUUUCUACAUAUAAUGUAAAAGAUCUGCUAGUAUCUACAUAUACCAAUGGAUCAGUUAGUGUACAGUGUGUGUUUGUAUCAGGAUCAACUGCUGAUGGAUGUCAUGUGAUAUUUACUGAUACUAGUAAUGGAAGGAAUGAAUCCUUUAAUAUAAAUGGAUCAGAUGAUAGUACACUGGUAACAUUAUCAACAAGUGGAGGAGUAUAUAAUGUAACUGUUCAUGGUAUUAUUAAUGGAUACAUUACUCCAUGGACUUGUGUACAACCUAAACAUGUAUACAUCAUUAUUCCUUCCUUUGUUUACAGCAGCAGUUACAGCAUAGUAGAUAGUACUGGUAUGCUAUCUAGUGAAGUUGAAUACUCAACAGUGGCAGUUUCUAGGCCUUACCAUACUGUUGACAGUGAUCCACCUCCAGUGGUAUCUGCUACACUUAUCUGGUGUGUGAGAAAAAGGAAGGAAAGUGGCUCUGUUGAGAUUACAGUAAAUAAUCCAGCAUAUGGACAGAUUGAACAAACAGCAAGACCUAUACAGUCAGUACAAGGAUUGGUAUUAAACACAAUAGGGCGAGGCGAGACUAUGAACACAAAUGUUAAUCCAGCUUAUGAGACUGUUGUUGUUUAUGAAUAUAUUGAUUAAUGAAUAAUGAA